GGUGGUACCAAUCAAAUCCUGAUAUGACAUCAACACCAUGUAUAUUUACUUCAAUUACUCCUGCUUGGAAUAAUCAAAAUUUAUCAAGACUUGCUGAAGAAAUUCAAAGUUCUUUGGUAUUUGCUCAUGUUAGAGCUUCCACAACUGGUGCUUUAUCUGAAACUAAUUGUCAUCCAUGGAGAUUUGGCCGUUUAAUAAAAUUACAACUAUCUUUAAGAGAUGAAUUAUUUUUAUUCGUUCAAGGAAAUACUGAUUCAGAAUGGGCUUUUGCUUUAUUUCUUAAUCAACUUGAAGAUCCAAUCAAUGGUCAAUUUGAUCAUGAAACUUUAAAAACUGCUAUGUUAAAAACUAUUGAACAAUUAAAUAAUUGGGCUGAAGAGGCUGGAAUUAAUGAGCCUUCCUUAUUAAACUUCGCCGUAACUGAUGGCCAUUCAGAACAACAUUUACAGAGUAUAAACCUGGACAUUACAGAAUGGUAA